AUGGACAUGGCCAGCACCCCCCAGAGGGACUAUCGGCUGGGUGGCCUUUCGUAUUUCGUGCCUCUCAACGAAGAGUCUCCUGGCGCCGUGUCGACACGCGGCCAACAUCUACCUCUCCUCAUACAGAACCGUUCCAGUACUUCUCUCUUUACUCUGCCCAAACGCGGCCGCCAACCUCACCUCCGUCGCGGUUCCAUUGGAAGUCACCACUCGACCGAAGAUGAAGACCACCUGGACGAUCCGGAGCCCCUGCGCAAACGUCGAUCGACGCAGUCUCCGAUGGAGAUCGAUGCAAGGAGGAUGAGUUUAGGACCCGAGAUUCUAAACACACCUCAAAUGCGGAGCAUGCGCUUGAUCGGCCAGUCCAACCCCAGAUAUCAUUGGCAGAGAUACUACAAGACCGAGGAAGAGCUGGCAAAGAUGAAGAAGCCUCUUCGGAAAUACUACGAGCGCAACAACUUCCUGGUAGCCCAGUACCUGUAUAUUGACCGGCUCCUGGACUCGAGUCUUCCGCACGACUUGAUCCAAGAAUACCACCAUGGACCAAACGGCGCCGCGCAAAAGACGAACAUGAAGACCAUCUCGGAGGAACGAGAGUCGGGCAGUACGACUUCUAUGGCAGCAUUAGUAUCAGCUUCACCUAAUGGCGUUGCGGAUGAGGGUUCCUCACCUACGGAGACCAGGCUCAAGCGGACGCCCAAGAAUCUGUACAAGCUACCCGACACCACCAUCACCAACAAUAACAACGAAACGACGCCAUUGCUCGCCGACGAAGAACAGGGUUAUGGAGAGUUCCCCGACAUCAACCUAGAAGAUCUAGAUGACAACGUGGACCUCGAUGACCCAGUCGUCACCGUCGCAAUCUACCUCAAUCUUGUGGCGAACAUCAUCCUGUUGGUCGGCAAAAUUGCAGUCAUCGUUCUCACUUCGUCACUUUCGGUGCUCGCCUCUCUCGUCGACGCGGCUCUCGACUUUCUAUCUACGGCCAUUGUCUGGUCGACGACGAAGCUCAUCUCCCAACAAGACCAGUACGCGUACCCGAUUGGCCGACGACGCCUGGAGCCCGUCGGGGUGCUUGUCUUCAGCAUCAUCAUGAUCACGUCCUUUUUCCAGGUCAGCCUUGAGUGUUUCAACCGACUGAUAUCGGGCGACCACUCUGUCGUCGAGCUGGGCAUACCGGCCAUCUCAAUCAUGCUCGGGACCGUGGCGGUCAAAGGAUUCUGCUGGUUCUAUUGCCGCCUCGUGCGCAACUCUUCGGUGCAGGCGCUCGCGCAGGAUGCCGCGACCGACGUCGUGUUCAACACGUUCAGCAUCAUUUUCCCCCUCGUCGGGUUUUACGCUCAGGUCUGGUGGCUCGACGCGCUGGGCGGUCUGCUGUUGUCGGUGUACGUCAUUAUCAACUGGAGCAAGACCAGCAGCGAGCACGUGCGGAACCUCUGCGGCGCCGCGGCGACGGCGGACCAACGCAACAUUCUGUUGUACCUGACGAUGCGGUUCGCCAAGACGAUCCGUUACAUCCAGGGCCUGCAGGCUUACCAUGCGGGUGACAAGUUGAACGUCGAGGUUGACAUCGUGUUGGACGAGCAUAUGAGUCUCCGCGACACGCACGACCUCAGCGAGAGCCUGCAGUACGUGUUGGAGAGUGUGCCAAUGGUUGACCGAGCGUUUGUGCAUGCCGAUUACGCCAGGCAGAAUUUGCCCAGCCAUAUGAAUCAACAGAGUUAG